AUGGGGGUGGGCCAGCAGAAAUUCUCAUUUGCGCGCAACGGCAAGACGGUACAGAGUGACAUCAGUCUCAAGGACAUUGUCAACACUUGCAUUUGCGGAGUGUACAACUUCAAUUCCUAUGUGGGCGUUGUUCUAUCUGAGAAUACUGUCGAUGAACUUGCACCCGCAGGGCUUGCAAUGUUGCAGCAGGGAUUGAACGCACCAUGCCCAACCAACAGCUUGGGCACGGGUCGGCCUCGCGCUACAUACGCAUGA